AUGCUGAGGGUCGAGCGGUCGAUUUUGAGCGCUGCGUCUGCUCCUAGCGGGAGGCGCCGCAACAGCAAGGGCAAGGGGAGCAAGGCGCUGGAGGAGGUGGCGGGGGAGGCGGUAGUGGCAGUGGAGGCGGAGGAGGGGGUGGAGGUGGGGGUGGUGGCAGAGGUGGGGGCUUCGGUGGCAGCGGUGGAGGUCGAGGCGGCGGCGGCGGUGGCGGUGGCGGAGGGGAUUGGGGUGGUGGCGGAGGAGGCGGCGGCGGAGGAGGUGGAGCUGGUCGAGGCGGAGCUGCACAGCGGGGACCCCAGCACCAGCCACGCUCUCGUCGGGAGUAGCUAUCUUUGA